CGUUGUUGCUUGUUGUAGGAAAUGGCGGGGGAAGUGACGAAGGUGUUGUAUGUAGUGGUAAUAGAAGAUGAUGAGACGAGAGAGGAACGGAAAGAGUCGUCGUUGUUCAGGUAUACGCGUCCUGUUCUGCAGAGCACACUCCAGCUUAUGGGAUGCAAACCCCGACAUGCCUUGAAGAUUAGCGGAACAGUUUUUAAGAAGAUAAGAAGUGAUGAGUUGGUUUCUGCGGAUAGAGACCUGUCAAGAGAGGAUGAUUCAAAAGGACUUCUUCCGGACGAGGCUAGUAAUUACAUUGAUACAUGUUUGGAUAAAGUGGAUGAUAAAAGUAAGAGUAAGCCAUUUGAGUUAUACAAAAAGCGCACCACUAUAGUUGUCAGAAGAAAAACGUUUCUUGACGUCGUUUGCGAUGCUCUAACCGAAUACAAAUAUAUGGGACCAAAUCAGAGGGAUGACUUAGCUUUAGCUUGCAGGAUCCGAGAAAGAAAAGAAUCUGUAACCGUGCUAUUGUGUGGGACUAGUGGCUGUGGGAAAUCUACCUUAUCUGCUUUGCUGGGAAGCAGAUUGGGAAUAACAACUGUAGUGUCCACUGACUCCAUCCGACAUAUGAUGAGGAGUUUCGUAGAUGAAAAUCAAAACCCUCUACUUUGGGCUUCGACCUACCAUGCCGGUGAAUAUUUGGAUCCAGUAGCUGUUGCUGAAGCAAAGGAAAAAAUAAAAGCAAAGAAGUUAUCUGGGAUUUCAACUCCUCCGUUACGAAAACAAGACGGUGUAAAUGGCGUGACUGUUGGAAAAUCACCUCUUGACGGAUUUUCAAGUGUGAUCGAUGUGAUUAGUUCCAAACAAAUGGCAAUUGAAGGAUAUAAGGCACAGAGUGAGAUGGUAAUUGAUAGCCUUGAUCGAUUAAUCACUUCAUGGGAAAAGCAGAAUGAAUCAGUUGUUGUGGAGGGCGUUCAUCUAAGCCUUAACUUUGUCUUGGGACUGAUGAAGAAGCACCCUUCGAUCAUACCUGUUAUGGUAUACAUUGUGAAUGAAGAGAAACAUUUAAAACGCUUUGCAGUGCGUGCAAAGUACAUGACUCUGGAUCCUGCAAAAAAUAAGUAUGUUAAAUAUAUACGCAACAUCCGAACAAUACAAGAAUACCUCUGUAACCGAGCUGACAAAUAUUUGGUGCCAAAGAUUAAUAACACCAACGUUGAUAGAAGUGUGGCUGGUAUUCACGCAACAGUUUUCAGCUGCUUACGAAGGCGGGAGGCAGGGGAACAACUUUACGAUCCAAUUACCAACAUGGCUUCGAUCAUCGACGAGGAAUACCGGAGUCAGUGUGGUGCCAAUUGCAUGAGCUCUAAGGGGAUGUUUCAACUGAUCCAGAGACAAGGUUCUUCUAGGCAGUUGAUGGCUCUUCUGAAUGAUGACGGAUCAGUAGCAAAAGCUUGGCCAGUUAGAACAGAGACACCUAUGUAUGGACCCAUGCAUAUUGGUACAGCUGAACCUAUUAAUCUGCAAUUUGGCCACUUCGGGAUCAGUGCUUGGCUCAGUGAUACUGGUGGUGGUACAAGUCAUGCCAGUAGUUUUGAUGAAUCAAGGGGAGAGCUGACAGACAAUGGAAGUAGAUACUUUUCCUCUUGCUGCACCACUCCGAGGUUUUCUGAUGGACACGCGAAGGAGCUGAAAGAGGAACAAUCUGUACACGGUAGCGAUGAUGAUGAAGAGGUUUAUGAACCACCUGAGAUCGACAGUGAUGAGGAUCCAAGUGGUGAUGACUCCAGACACAUCGACAGGGAGUUGGAAGGCUCAGUGGACGAGGACUAUACCCAAUCAGACGAGGAGUAUGAUGAUCUUGCGAUGCUUGGCAUUCAAGAAAAUGCUUAUUUGAUGGAUGAUUCUGACAAAGACACAUACAACAAAUUCAAUUUGGAUGAUAUUGAGGAACAAAAGUAUAAACAGAAUACUGAUCACUUCAGAAGUAAAAGUGAAACGUUGUCCGAGUCACCUCUAGAUUUCUACUCUUCUCUCUUUGGAGAGAAGAACGAGAAGGAAGUGCCGACUUUUGGCAACAUUAGGACUAGAAAACGUUCCAACAGCAUUCCAACCCAUGCACAGAAUGGUGCCUUUACAAAUGUUUACAGUUUUUCUGAAGCAAGACCUAGAUAGUAUCUCAGUUUUAGCAAGUUCCAAUUUUGUCCAAGAACUUGCUUCAGUUUUUCAAUUGG